UUUCACUAAAUCCAAACAUAUGGCGGCAGUUGCAAGUAAAUAUAUAAACGCAAGUAUUGUCACAUAAGAAUGUAAUAUUAUCUUAAUCUCGUGUUGAUGUGUUAUUUUAUGUGAAUUUUAUGCAAUAUAAAUGAAACAAUAUUAUAUUUUUUUUACUUUUUCUUCUUAAAUAAAAAAAUUAAGUUUUUUAAUUGAAAAUUAAUAUGUAAUCUUUAAAAUAAAUAUAUGAAUAAGGUUAAGAUAAGUUAAUAGCCCAUAUUAAAAGAACAUUUUAUUUUCUUUGAAAAAUCUAAAGAUUUAAUUUUCAAAUGUUAUUGAUAAUUUAAUUUAAUUUAGAAUAAUACUAAUUAGAUAACACUAUAUUGUGUAAAAAAUGAGGACUAGAAAAACAUUAGCAAUUCUUAGUGCAGGUUUAAUUCUUGCUUGUUGUGGUAUGUUAUAUAUAAUAAUGGAUUUAACAUUUUUUCCACCUGGACAAGGAUCUAAACUGUCUAUAAAUGAUGUAAGUAAUCAAUGGCUACACUUUGAAAAUAGAUUAGCAAAAUUAGAAAAAGAUUUCAAUAAGCAUCAUGAAGUAAUGAAUGCUUUGAGAGAAGUGGCUGAAGCAAAACAUUUUGUGCCUCUAGCCUAUUCUAUAAAUCUUUCUAAUCAAUCUGUAUCAUCUUUAUCAUCUGUUCCUCAUUUAGGAAAAGUACUUAAAUGUAAUUUUAACAUACAGAAAAUUCCUGAAGUAGACAUUCAAAUGUUAGAGAUAUAUAGACAAUUAGAAUUUGAUAAUGUGGAUGGUGGAGUUUGGAAACAAGGAUGGAAUAUUACAUAUGAUGAAAAGCAAUGGCAUCCAAAUAGAAAACUAAAAGUUUUUGUUGUUCCACAUUCUCACAAUGAUCCUGGAUGGCUUAAUACCUUUGAAAAAUAUUAUGCAUUUCAAACACAAAAUAUAUUAAAUAAUAUGGUAAUAAAAUUGGCAGAAGAUAGAAGACGUAAAUUUAUUUGGGCAGAAAUAUCAUUUUUCCAACUUUGGUGGGAAGAUCAAUCUAAAACAAUUCGUAAUUUAGUUAGACGUUUAAUUCAUGAUGGUCAAUUGGAAAUUGUAUCAGGAGGUUGGGUUAUGCCAGAUGAAUCUGUUUCUCAUUGGAUAUCUCAGCUUACACAACUUACAGAAGGACAUCAAUGGUUAAAAUAUAAUUUAGAUUACACACCAAAUUCAGGCUGGGCUAUUGAUCCAUUUGGUCUUUCUCCAACUAUGCCAUAUCUACUAAAAAAAGCAGGAUUGGAAAAUGUAUUGAUUCAAAGAGUCCAUUAUUCAGUUAAAAAAAGAUUAGCUAGAAAAAAACAAUUAGAGUUUCGCUGGAGACAAUUAUGGGAUAAUGAUGGAUCAACCGAAAUUUUUACACAUAUAAUGCCAUUUUAUAGUUAUGAUGUACCACAUACUUGUGGUCCAGACCCAAAAAUAUGUUGUCAAUUUGAUUUCUAUAGAUUACGUACUUUUGGAUUAAGUUGUCCAUGGAAAAUAGCUCCAAAAACCAUAACUAAAUCAAACAUUGCAGAAAGAUCUGCCCUUUUAUUAGAUCAAUAUCGUAAAAAAGCUCAACUUUUUAAAACUGAUGUAGUAUUAGUACCAUUAGGAGAUGAUUUUAGAUAUACUCAUUUUACUGAAUGGGAUGCUCAGUAUAAAAAUUAUCAAAACCUUUUUGAUUAUAUGAAUCAGAAUCAACAAAUGAAUGUUCAGAUAAAAUUUGGUACAUUAAGUGAUUACUUUGAUGCAAUUAGGGAAAAGCAUAAUUUAAAUGAAUUUCCUACUUUAUCAGGAGAUUUUUUUACAUAUUCUGAUAGAGAUGAUCACUAUUGGAGUGGAUAUUAUACAUCAAGACCUUUCCACAAACGAUUAGAUCGUGUAUUAUUGAGUUUAUUGAGAGCAACAGAAAUAUUAACAACUAUAGGUUGGACUAAAGGUAAUGAUAAUUUAGUAGAAGGUGCUCUUGCACAACGUUUAAGCAAAGCAAGGAUGUGGCAUUCUUUGUUUCAACAUCAUGAUGGUAUUACUGGUACAGCCAGAGAUGAAGUAGUUAUAGAUUAUGCCAAGAAGAUGAUAAUGGCCUUAAAUAAUUCUGCACAUGUAUUACAACAAUCAAUGGUUCAUUUAUUAAAAACACCACAAGAAAUAACUGUUAAUACAGAUGCUGUAUAUAUUUCACUUGAUGAAUCUAGAUUACAUCAUACAAGUGCUGGAGAUAAACAUAUACUAAUUUUAAGAGAUGAAAAUCCCUUAAAAAAAGUUAUUUUAUAUAAUUCUAUUCCAAGACAAAGAACAAAAGUACAGACACUAAUUGUAUCUACACCAUAUGUUAAAGUUACUGAUCGUAUGGGUCAACCAGUGCAAUGUCAAGUUUCUCCAAUUUGGAUUGGACCUGCUGCAUUAACUGUUGCUAGAUAUGAACUGUCAUUUCUAGUCACUGUACCUGGAUUUGGUAUUACAACAUAUAUAAUUCAUGCUUUAUCUAAAUCAUCAUUUCCACAAGAAGUACAUCCUGCAAAUGUGAUAGUUUAUAAUACAGAUAUUAGUCUUCCAAAGAUACCAGGUUUUAAUCAAAUUCAAAUAAUACCAAAUGCACAAGAAUUUUCAAUUAUGCAACGACCAGAAUUAUCUGCAUCUUUUGGAAAAUCAGGUCUUUUGAAAGCUUUAAGAGUCAGUAAUAUGACAGUUCCUAUUCAUUUAGAAUUUGUUAAAUAUGGUACUAGAGCUGGUAAAGAUAAAAGUGGAGCUUAUUUAUUUCUACCUGAUAAACCAGAACCAGACUUGGUACAUGUAGAUAAUAAAUGUAUUAUACAUUUAAUAACUGGACCGAUUGUAUCCAAGGUAUUUGUGGAAUUUGCACAUGUACGUCACACAUGUAUAUUAUAUAAUUCUCCGGGUAGUGAUGGACUUGGUUUACAUAUUCAUAAUGAAAUCAACAUAUCAGAAACACAAAAUUAUGAAUUUGCUAUGAGAUUAAAUACAGAUAUAGCUUCAGGAGAUCAAUUUUAUACAGAUUUAAAUGGCCUUAAUAUGAUUAAACGUCAAAGAUUUCCAAAGCUUCCUACACAGGGAAACUACUAUCCAAUGGCAGCCAGUACGUAUAUAGAAGAUAAAAGAGUUAGAUUAACAGUUGUAACAGCACAACCAUUAGGUGUAAGUUCUAUGGCAUCUGGGCAAAUUGAAAUUAUGCAAGAUAGAAGAUUACUUCAAGAUGAUAAUAGAGGGCUUGGUCAAGGUAUAACUGAUAAUUUAUUAACAAAUCAUUUAUUCAUGUUUAUUCUUGAAAAAAGAAAGCCUUUUUGUACAUCUUCUACACCACCAACAAAUCAUCCAUCAGGAGUACUAUCAUUGUAUGGUCAUUUAACAUCAGAAGAGUUAUUAUAUCCUAUAAUUGCAAUGCAUCCACAUAAUUCUUUAACUUUUAAUUUAAAUCCAUAUUUUUCCCCGCUUCGUUACGACUUUCCUGCAGAUUUAAGCGUUGUUAGUUUUCGAGUAUUUCCUAUUCCCGAAGGAGCUGGUAAAGGUAUUGGAAUGGUUUUACAUCAAGCAGCUUUAGAUAUAUGUUGGAAUGACAAUUCUUAUUUACGUCAUUUUAAUGUUUCUGAAUCUGUAGAAGUUGAUUUAACAAAGUUCCUUAAUUAUAUAGAUGAUUGGAUCAUUAGUAAAGCUCCUUUGACAUUCCAUAAUGUAGGGCCUUCAUUAAAGUCACCUAUUGUUAACUUAUGUCCACAUCAAAUAUUACCAAUUUUAUUACAUAAGACACAAUCUUAG